AGGAAUUUCUGUCAUCUUGACAUCGUCCCUGUCAUUGCAACUCCCUCUUUUACACUGUAGACUCCCCACAGACGCUAACAUACACUGUAGCGCGCAUCCAGAUCUUGCUCGUCAGCAGAGGGCUGAUCUAUCGGUAUCUCUUUAGCUUCUCUGCGUUCUCUUGAUCUUCCACGAUAAUGGCCAAUAAUGCCAAAGAGGAGCCCAAGAACGCUCCCAAAUCCGAUCAAUGGUACACACUCUCUCUCGGUCCCUCCUUCAAUGACGAUACCUCCAAUAAGUACUGCACUCUUCGAUAUGAAUUUAAGCCGGCCUCGAUCGAUAAGACAAAACCGGGAUCGUUGAAUAAGAACAAAGACAAUAGGGUUUCGUUGGAGUUCCAAAACAACCAGGCAGGGAAACCGAAAGUGGCCUUUGAAGGAUGCAGCGAGGACCACAAGGAGAAUGAUGCCGUUUUAUAUUUUGAUGGUGAGACGUUUAGAUUGGAGCGGCUUCACCGGGCUUUCAAUCAGCUUAGGCGCCUCCGAUUGCCAGGUGAAUCUGCCCCUCCAGUAGAGUCUCGACUGUCUCCAGCCGGAAAGGCAUCGAAAUCAGUGAAUAUUGGCCGGAGCUCUAUUCCUCCAGUGCCGGUGGAGGUGGAACGAAUUGAUAUUGGAGAGCCAGAGAUUCCAGGUGCAAAAGGGGCUGGUAAGGGAGUUGUUGCGGAAUUUGUGUUUGAUCAAACAAAUGUAUCCGCUGCCUCACCAGGCCCUAAAAACGAUGAAACUGAGGAUCAUCAAGAUAUAGAUAUUGAUGACCUUUUUGGGGCUGACUCACCGGUUGAGAGGAACCCAGAUGAGCAGAAAGUUGAUGGUGGUUUUGACAUCAAUGUACGACAUGAUGAUGACACUGAUGAUGAGAUUGCUGAUGUAGAUGAUAGUGGUGAUGAAGCAGACAAGGGUCGUAAUGCUGCAGAAGCACUGAGAGCCCAGAUGAAGGCAGUGGAGAGGGAAAAACAAACUUCAACUUCAAGCGGUAGCAGUGCAAGUAGUGGUAGUGGAAGCAGCAGCAGCAGUGAUAGUGAAGGCAGUGACGGGGACACGGUCAACUCUAUCUGAGAGAUUGGCAGAACUAUCAAAACUGUCUGAAAAGGCACUCUAAGACUAUGCCAAGUAAUUCCGGUUUUCUUUAUGGUCCAUCAUAUAAUUUACGAUCUACUUUGCCACAUCUCCAUAUGUUGUUGCUCUGAUGACAGUUCUCCUACAAGAUUGUCAAUAACAUAUGACAUAAAUUAUACUAUUGCAGCUGUAACAUGACAGAACAUAUUCUCUGGUAUAUUAUAUCAGAUUUUAGUGUCUUUGUGUGGAUUGUGGAUCUAGUUCCAUAUUGUUUA